GGUUAAUAACCAAACUUACCCCAAUAAUAAGGAAAGUUAAACAACAUGCCUCCCCCAAUAAAAUGAGACCAAAGCUCUGGUCUUGGGGUUCUUCCACACAGACACUGCCCCCUUUUCUCAACACACAACAGAGACGCAGAGGCAGAGAGGGUACUCUGAGUGAGUCACACACAUAGAUAGAGAGAGAUGCUAGAGACUCUGGCUGAUCUAAUUGGAUGUCCCUUAUCUUUCUGGAUCGUUGGUAAUGUUUGAGAUUCUGGGUGGUGUUGUGGGCAAGUUACAAGUACUCAAGUAGUGUGGUUAUAGCGUCGGUGAGGAAUUAAUAGUGGCUGCGGUGGGUGUGUGUGUGUGUGUGAGCAGUGAGAGAUGAAUAGCUGCAGUACUGGAGGUGGGGGCGGGGUUGGGGGUAAUAGUACUGGGAAUCUGAUGGGAAUGGGGAUGGGGAUGAGGUCACCUUUUACAGUGUCUCAAUGGCAAGAGCUGGAGCAUCAGGCGCUGAUCUUCAAGUAUAUGAUGGCAGGCAUGCCUGUGCCUCCUGAUCUCGUGCUCCCUAUUCAGAAGAGUUUUGAGUCCAUCUCUCAGAGAUUCUUCCAUCAUCCCACCAUGGGUUAUUGUUCCUUCUAUGGGAAGAAGGUGGACCCGGAGCCAGGACGCUGCAGGAGGACUGAUGGCAAGAAAUGGAGGUGCUCAAAGGAUGCAUACCCCGACUCGAAGUACUGUGAGCGCCACAUGCACCGUGGCCGCAACCGUUCAAGAAAGCCUGUGGAAUCACAAACAAUGACACAGUCAUCGUCCACUGUGACAUCAUUGACUGUCACUGGAACCAGCAGUGGAACUGGGAGCUUCCAGACCCUUCCAUUAAAUUCCUUCGGGAAUACCCAAGGCGCCAGUUCCGGAACCAAUCAGUCUCAUUAUCAAAUAGACUCUAUUCCCUUUGGAAUCCCGAACAAAGAUUAUAGGUAUCUUCAAGGACUUAAACCUGAAAUCGGUGACCAUAGUUUUUUCUCUGAUACUUCAGGAAGCAACAGGGGUCUCCACAUGGACUCACCAAUAGACAACACAUGGCCUCUGAUGCCAUCGAGAAUUGCCUCAUUUCCAGCAUCAAAAUCGGGUGAUGGCUCCGUUUUGCAGAACGAUUAUCGACAGCAUUCAAUUUUCAAUAAUGACUUCCCCUCGGGGGAACCUUUGAAGCAGGAAGGUCAGUCUCUCCGACCUUUCUUUGAUGAGUGGCCUAAAGGCCGAGAUUCCUGGUCUGGUCUUGAGGAUGAGAGAUCCAACCAAACCUCAUUCUCCACAACCCAGCUCUCAAUAUCAAUUCCAAUGACUUCUUCCGACUUCUCUGCAACGAGUUCUCAAUCUCCACAUGAUAAUUGACAGAAUCAUGAUUAAAGAAUUUCAUAGACAAAUAACGGGAAGGCUUGAAGAAGUUCUAGCAUGUGGUUUGAGAGAUGUUGAAGAAUAGCUCGGCAUAUGUUCGUCAAUCUCAAAGUUUGUGGUUUGUGGAUUUUCUAGACAGCUCUUUGUUUAAAGUACAUUUGCAACUCAAGUUUUAGGUCUGAAUAAAUCAGAGACCCUGACAAGUAUUCAAGAAUCAAGAUAUCCUGAACAUUUUAUUUCUGUUAAAGAUUCUGUACUUGGCGGCUUUGAUUUAUCCGUUACUGAAUAAGUUGGUGGUUUUACAUA